AUGGAUGGUGUUGUGGCAUCAACAGGCAACAACAACAUAAUCAACGGCAAUAGUAGUAGUAGUAGUAAUAGUGAUAUCAAUCAAGAGACUACAGAAACAUCUACGUCAAUACAACAACAACAAAAGUCUACAUUACUCAAGAAACAGCUAUCACCUUUCGCUAAACCAUUCGUACCUGUCACUCCGACGACUCCUGCUCCACCGCCAACAACACAGCAACAGUAUGAUUUGAACAAUAAUAACAACAGUACCAAUGGUACAGGUUCAGCGGACAAUGUCUCUGUAAAGACAUCUACAGCAGUCAAACAGCAGCAACAACAACAACAACAGCAUGUUAACCAGAAGGUGUCAUCAUCGACUCAAACAACAGCAACAGCGGUUGCAACAUCAUCACCUUUAUCAUCAACCACAACAACAUCGAUAACAUCAUCUACGACAACAAUAAUAGCAUCAAGUACAGCAACACUCACACAUGAUGAUAUACAACAGCUGUUCCUCAAUAGAAUACAUCCAAAGAAUAACAUACGUGAGGCGGUCUUGUCGACACUAAACUCAAUACUGUAUGCAUUUGAUCCUUUACCCUCUGCCAGCGGCAGCAGCAGCAGCAGCACGCCCUUAUCGACAAUGCAGCAACAGCAACAACAGCAACAGCAACAAUCAUUGGAACAGAUCGACAGCAUCCUGACCAUAAUCGGUCAGGAGGAUGAGUACAUCAUCAAACUGUUCAACACGCCGGUUGAGCAGCGUCCCAAUGUUACCUCCUCGAACGCCGCCCCUGCGGGUGGCAGUAAGCAAUCACCAAUUCACUUCAUCAAGCGGCCUCAACAACAACAGCAACAGCAACAGCAACAGCAGCAACGUGUAUCCACUACACUACCCGAUGGCACGGCGAAGCCUUCCACGUUGCCCUACGACGACAUAGAUAGCUUCUAUGUGCGAAUCGUCAACUAUAAUCAGAACCUCUUGACCAAGAUCGCAGUAUCGCUCAGUAAGCUCCAGACACAGACAUCGACAUCGACACCUGCUUCGACCAGCCUGGGGAAGAUCGAGUCGCUAUUGUUCUACAUUUACGACAACGUUGCCCAGGUACCCGGACUGGCUGUCCUGGCGAGCACAGCCAUCCACUCGAUCGCCAGCCUGGUGCCCGUGUUAAAGUUCCAGAAGCACAAGCAACUAGAGACCAUUGUGUUGGCACAGCUCAAGAGCAUUGAUGGACCGGCCAACCUGCUGCUGGAGGCGUUGCUCUUGUUGCAGGCCACACUGGCCACUGCCACGCCAAUUCUCAUGACUCGCGAGCUCUUUAGACGACUCACCAACCUGGUCUACCUCAAGCACACUCAGAUCCAGACCACUCUAUCCAAAGUGUUCGAGCAGUACACCAUCAACAAUCAUCUUGACCAACUACAGAUACGCAAGGUACUCUCGAUCGCAUUGUUCAAGAUCUCGGAUAUUGACAAGGACAUCCAGCGCAACAACCUCGACCUCCUGGCCAAGACUGUCGUACACAUUGAGUUCAUCAAUCAGAAGAAUCUCCAUUCAAAGAUAAGCGACCUAUCCAUUAACUACAAGUUGAAGUUCAUGGUCGUCCAAGGACCAUGCCCAUCAGUUCCAAUGUUCUUCAAACAUAUGUUUGAUUGUCUUUACAAUGUGGACCGAUCUACUGAUGACAUACUCAAGUCAAUCCUUGAUCACUUCUACGACAGCACACUCAUGACACAUGGCGCACAAGCCCACCAUGACAGACUAGAAAACAGGAGACUAGAGACAUUGAUGGCCACAUCAGAUGCACUUAGAUGGUACUGGGCAACAUGGGAGUGCGCAAGAUAUUGUAUCACUAAUAGAUUGAAGACACCAUUUGGUACGGGAGUGCAGACGUUUGAGAUAUUUGAGCGUAUCAUUCUUCAGCUCAACAAGGAGAGGAAGGACUUCAAGAAGAUAAUGAUAAUGCUGAUGUUCAUGGAUUCACUGGAGAAACAGAUCUUCUCUGCUGCCUAUGGCUCGGUGUUCCUGCCGUCUCCCUCGUCAAAAGAGAUCCUAUUCUUCAAGCUCAACGCACGUGUCAGUGAGGAUUGGUUCAGCAGGAUCCGCAUGAACCUCCUCAAGGCCAGCAUCCUCUGUAGCUCGGGUCCAGACAUCAUCAGACAUGCUACACUCCGCAUAGCUGACAUUAGAGCGAACCGAUUCGUUGAUCCAUCACAUGCACAGCAUGAGAUGGAGUUCUGUAUAUUGCACCUUACUAAUGCUCUACAGCAAAUGAAUGAGACAGAUAUGAUCAAGGGCCUAUCGAAAUGGCUCGACCUGCACUACUCCACAAUCAAUGGCAAGGACAAGGAGAGUACAUCAUCGUCAUCAUUCAUCGAGAUGGUUGUCUCACCAAAGAAGUCAACGUCAAUGAAUGUGUCUCAUUCUUCCCCAUCACCAUCAACGCCAACAUCAGCAGCAGCGGCUCAACAACAUACGAGGCAUACAUUCACUCUGUCCAUGCCUUGGAUGCAAGGCGUGAUCCAGUCUAGCGAUCAACACUAUGAAGACUCUGUUCAAUCACUCACACCGUUGGUCGCUACAACCGAUCCCUCGCACAUGUCAUUCCCUUUCAUCGUGGAGCACAUCAUCAAGUCAUACAUGAAGCUGUCGGACUACCAGGAGAUGGACGCAUUCCUUCAGCAGUUUGGCGAUCGCAUUCACUCCUCAAACGUCACAUAUCGCGAGACGUACCUGCGUGCAUUGUCUGCCUUCUCUCGAGGUACUGGCGGCGGCGCAGAGAGUACCGCAAUCAAGCAGUUCAUCAACGAACUCCCUCAGAGAGAGAUCGCCAACGGAGGACUCAUUGGCAAUCUAUUCGCUGCCGAUGAGCUUAUCCUCGCGGUGAUGAUCGCACAGAGGGAUGAGGGGUCGUCCAACAACAGCGGCGACAUAUGGCAGUACAUUGUCAAAGCCAAGGAUCACGUCCACGACUCACUGUCAGUCAUCGGACACGAGUCCAACAUCCAGACCUUCCAAUACCUGACGCAGCUCAAGCUGAUUGACGAGCUUGAGAAUGGCGUCGUCGACAGCUCCACGCCACUCUGUCGCCAGCUUGGCUUCCUCGAGAAGUUGCGCCGCGUGAGGAAUCACUUGUCAAACAUUCAGCAUCGCACUGAUCUCGUCUUCCACAACAUCCCGCUGACAGAGGUGCUGAUCAAACUGUCGCGCAAGUCUGGAAACACACGAUUCUGCUCACGUUUGCUCAAUUCGGUACUGGAGACACACUCGCCCUCAUUCUUCCUGGAGAAGUCCAAGUUGAAGUGCCUGCAUGAGCGUCGACUCGAGUCAUUCACCGAGCUCGUGCGCCACUCCAAUCAGUUCCCUGACAAUGUGACGCCAGACAUCAAGACCAAGACCUACCUGCAGAUCGUCAAGCAGUUGACUACCAACACCAACAACUCGGCGUUCCAGGAGAUACUCAAGUCGCUGCCUGCCGAGCAGGCCGACCCCGAGACAUACUUCCAGCGUGCCUCAGCCACUAUGCCCGACAACCCCAAGGUGUUGCUGGCCUAUGCCAACUGGGCGAUGGAGACCGCCGACCUGCUCACUGGGGCGGACGAGGCAGCCACCAAGGCACGCCUUUACGGCAUAGCUGUCGAGCGCUACUUUGACCAUCUCAAGUUCGUCAGCAAUGCCACUGGUCACUGCAGCUCACUCAUUCAGAUCACACUGAGGAUACUGAGCAUUCUAGUCAAUCAUGGUGGCCAGAUCAUCGAUGUGUUUGACAGGUGCAUCGCGGAUGACAACAACAGCGCUGCUGUCACCACUGCCUUCUCAGACAUCAUCCCACAACUCUUUGCCCGUUUGGGCCACCCUGACAAGGCUAUACAGGUGCAGAUCAUCAACAUCAUCAAUCGAAUUGGACGUCACAACCCCCACGCCAUUGUCUUCCCAACCUUGGUAGCUGCCACUCAAUGGGGUGGCGUGCAUCCCAAUGCCAGCCAGAUUGCUGUGAUCCAGCGCGAGCUUGUCAAGCACUCACCACUGCUGGUCGAGGAGACCGACACAUUCAUCCGUGGCUUUGCCCAGUUGACCAUACUCUGGGACGAUCGUUGGCAACAGUUGAUGGAGCAGAUCCAUGGCUGGAUCUGUCACACCAAGCCGGCGUGGACCGCCGAGAACCAGCAGUUGAUCAAGAGCAAGGACGCGCGAUCACUCUCCAAGCUUAAAAAGAAGAACCUCGCGCUGCUGGCGCCCAUACUCGAUAGGAUCAGGAAGUUGCUGUCGACCACAAUGUUUGGGCCCAUCUCCACACCCUUUGAGCGCUGGUUCUGCAGCGUUCACAAUGAGAUUGUCAACAAAGUCGUGCUCUGUGUCGAGAAGCAGAACAAACCAUCCAACCCUUUCCUCACACUGCAAGGGUUAAUCGAGCACUUUGGAGGCAACAGACUCAGCUCGGUCGAUCUGGCCUCAGUCAACCCGAGUCUGAACGUCUUCAGACCCACUACAAUCAAGAUGCCUGGCAUUGCCUCGGACAUCACCAUCCAAUCCAUCCACCCAACGAUCAACAUACUCCACACCACCAAGACCAAGCCCAAGAGGAUAUCGAUGAUUGGUAACGAUGGUGUUUCGUACUCAUACUUGCUCAAGGGUCGCGAGGACCUGCACUUGGAUGAGCGUGUGAUGCAGCUGCUCAACACGGUCGACCAGAUGAUGGUGGCUGGCAAGAACAAGAACCUGCGCCUCCUUCGCACGCGCAAGUACGCAGUAGUACCACUCAGUCGCUCAGCUGGACUGAUCCAAUGGGUGGAGAAUGCUGUGCCCCUCUUCUCCAUCUUCAAGAACUGGUAUCGCAAUGAGGUCACGUACAAGGGCCUCAACCCAAGCACUUUGGCCACCAACCCUAACCCAUUGCCACGACAGCCUGUUCGCCCCGUCGACCUGUUCUACUCCAAGCUGGACCCGCUCCUCAAGGCCAACGGUCUAACUAGACAGAACCGUGGUGAUUGGCCCAAAGACUUACUCAAGCAGGUGUUUGUCGAGCUCUCAAACGAGACACCAAAGUGGCUGCUGUCACGUGAGCUGUGGUACUCAAGUUGCUCGACCUCUGAGCUCCUACUCAAGACCCAAUCAUUCAGCCGAUCACUUGCACUCAUGUCCACAAUCGGUUACAUCAUUGGACUUGGCGACAGGCAUCUUGACAACAUUUUGAUCGACAUGAAGACUGGAGAGAUCGUUCAUAUUGAUUACAACAUAUGCUUCGAGAAGGGACUGCAACUCAAGGUACCAGAGAGGGUGCCAUUCAGACUGACACAGAUCAUUGAGAAUGCACUGGGACUCACUGGAGUGCAUGGAUCAUUCUCCGAAACCUGUGUCCUAGUCUUGGAUCUACUCAGACAGAACAAACAAACAUUGUUGAACUUGCUCGAGACAUUCAUAUAUGCUCCAUUGUUUGAUUGGAAGAUCAAGCAGAUGAAUGAACCAAUCUCAAAGGAUGAGGAGAACAACAACAACAAUGGAGGAGGAGAGAAUGAUGAUGAGAAGAAGGAAGAAGAGGAUGGUGAUGCAAACGAGAGUGAUAACGAUGGCUCUAGCGAUGAUGAUCAACAGCAGGGCGGAGGUGGUGAGGGUGAGCCUCAGUACAACAACAACAUCGAUAACCUCAGCGAGUCGUCACAGCAUCUCCAACAGGAGACAGACUCCAAGGAGAUGCACACAAAGGUCAAGGAGGACAACAAGAGUCUGCAGGGACUGACCAUCGUCAGCCAGGUCAAGAGCAAGCUGGAUGGUACCGAGCAGAGACUGGAUGUCGAGAAGCAAGUCGAGAUGAUGAUCAGAGAGUCCAUCAACAUUGACAACCUGUCCACAAUGUACGAAGGUUGGACACCAUGGAUAUAG